AAGCGCGACGGAAACACAGACGGAGAGUUGCUGCUUGUGUCUUCGGCGUGAGGGCUGAAGCGGCGACGCGCGUUUUUCUUGUGGAUAGGAAAACGUAAUUACCGAAGAUAAAAAAGCAGUAUUCAAAUGAAUUAAAGACGACGCAGUACAAUGCGAUGACAGACAUGAAAAGGACACUGCCCUAUACGGUAACGUUUGCAUAAGAUGGAGCAGGUCGGCCAGGAUCCCUUUAAACAUGAAGAAAUCUGUAAUGAUAAGUAAGAAAAGAAUCCCACGCUUUACAGUGGCCUCCAUGUGAUGCCCACCAUGAAGAAAAGAAGUGUGAGCAUAACAGAGGAGGAUAGUGGAGGGGUGGCUGUAAGGAUUAAAGAAGAAUCUGAUGCAGAUUUUGGCUACACAGACUUGCACACAAAUGAAAUUGUAAGUAGUUUAAUGGAAAAAGAUUGUAAAUCAGAACCUGUCUCGCAGUCUUUUUGUUACAAAGAAGAGACCCCUGACUUACACUUCAUGCCGAGUGAACUCUGCUUUCUGCAGUGUCAUUCUGCCAACCUGAUGUCCAAGUCUUCAGAAUGUGGCGUGAGGAAGUCUGCAAACAUAGCAGGUUCUGGUUAUUCUGGAGGAGGUGUACAGGACAGUGGUAGCUUCUUCACAUCUCAGCCCUCUCUUCAGUACAGAUCUCAACAGACACCUCCCGAUGAAAAUAUGAAGUGUGAGAAUGUGAGUUUGGAAGCAGCCUCUUUGCAGGGAAGCUCUCUGCCUGUCGUGAUACUUACAAGGAUAGAUGCAACCAACAGUAAGCCACAGGUGCACAACACCACUUCAUCAACUCCGUCUGUCUGCCAAGAGCAGAGAAAAACUUUUGAGUGUACACCUAAACACAAAGAUGAAUUGGGUCCUACAAAACAAAAACGCUAUGAUUGUUCUGAAUGUGGAAAGCAAUUUGUUGUAAAAUGGCAUCUUCAGACCCACAUGAGAAUUCACACUGGAGAGAAGCCGUAUUGCUGCUCUGAAUGUGGCAAACGAUUCACUCGCAAUAACAGUCUUCAGACUCACACAAGAAUUCACACUGGAGAGAAGCCGUAUUGCUGCUCUGAAUGUGGCAAACGAUUCACCUGCAACAAGAGUCUUCAAACCCACACAAGAAUUCAUACUGGAGAGAAGCCAUAUUGCUGUUCUGAAUGUGGUAAACGAUUCUCUGAUAGUAGACCAUAUCAAAGACACACAAGGAUUCACACAGGAGAGAAGCCAUACAGUUGUUCAGAAUGUGGCAAGCAAUUCUCAAACUGUACAAAUCUUAAGACUCACAGAAGAAUUCACACUGGAGAGAAGCCAUAUUGCUGUUCAGAAUGUGGCAAGCGAUUCUCUUGCAGCCCUAAUCUCACAACCCACAUGAGAAUUCACACUGGAGAGAAGCCGUACCAGUGUUCUGAAUGUGGCAAACGAUUUACCCGCAAUAACAGUCUUCAGACUCACACAAAACUUCACACUGGAGAGAAGCCAUAUUGCUGCUCUGAAUGUGGUAAACGAUUUUCUGACCGAAAGCAAUUUCAGAGACAUGGUAGAGUUCACACUGGAGAGAAGCCAUAUAGCUGUUCAGACUGUGGCAGACGAUUCUCAUCUAGUAGCCAUCUUAAGGCUCACAGGAGACGUCACACUGGAGAGAAACCAUAUAGUUGUUCAGUAUGUGGAAAACAAUUCUCCUGCAGCAGUACUUUGAAGAUCCACACAAGAAUUCACACAGGAGAGAAGCCAUAUUGCUGUAAAGAAUGUGGUAAACGAUUCUCUGAUAGUAGGCCAUAUCAGAGACAUACACGAAUUCACACUGGAGAGAAGCCAUAUGGCUGUUUGGAAUGUGGCAAACAAUUCUCCAAUAGUACAAAUCUUAAGAUCCACAGAAGAAUUCACACAGGAGAGAAGCCGUACUGCUGUUCAGAAUGUGGCAAACAGUUCUCACAGUUAAGCAAUUUUCAGGAUCACACAAGAAGUCAUACAGGAGAGAAACCUUAUCAUUGUUCUGAAUGUAGCAAAGGAUUCUCCACCUUACGGCAUCUUCAGAGCCACAAAAUAAUUCACACACGGGAAAAGCCAUAUGGUUGUAAUGAAUGUGGCAAACAGUUCUCUCAUGGGAGCACUCUCAAAAAACACAUAAAUAUUCACACAGGAAAGAAGUCUUUUUUCUGUGUGGCUUGUGGGAAAGGAUUCUUUACCAAGAGCCAACUUCAGACCCACACAAGAACUCACACAGGAGAGAAGCCAUACUGCUGUUCUAAAUGUGGCAAAAGGUUCUCCACCAGCAGCAUUCUCCGUUGCCAUAUAAGAAGUCACACUGGAGAAAAGCCUCAUUCCUGUUCUGAAUGUGGCAAAGGAUUCUCCGACAAAAGGAGUCUUCAGAAUCAUGCAAAAGUUCAUACUGAAGAGCAAUAAAAAAAUUAAAUCUGACAUUCAUUUCUGGAAAUCCUAUGAAGGUGUGGAAUAUAUAAAAUAACUAACCUUAACUAGGAGCACAGAAAUUAAGGAAAACCGUUUAACUUGGUCACAGCAUACCGCUUGAACCAACAUUGUACAUUUGCCUUAUCAUAAACUAGAUCAUGACCCCCAAAUGUAACAAUAAACAGAAGAAUAUUCUAAUAAGAAUGUAUUCAUUUGUCCCAUCUGGGAUU